AUGGUUGUCCCCAACUUCAAAUGCGGUUUCAGCGUCUACCCGCCCCUCCAGCCCACCCCCGAAAACACGAAACGCUAUUCAAUCUUCCUCGCCCGUCUCGCCUCACAGUUCGGCGGCCGAACAGACGCGAACGCCCUCAGCGCCGACAAGAGAAUCCUCAUCACGCCGUACACCCCGCGCGCCGACCCAGCCUUGGUGAGCGAAGACACCAGCUCGGCCUUCUACUGCUUCAUGCUCCCCGGCCAGCCCAAGAUCCCCGCCAACCCGCAGCAUUGCGAUCAAUUCCUGAGCUUCAGCCUCGAGUUCAGGCCUGAUGUCGGCUUAGAGAAGAGUAUUGUGGAGGGGUACGUGGCGGAGGUGUAUCGUCUUUUCAAGGAGUGCUUUGGGGACUCGAUGAAAUUGACUUAUUGGCAUGGACUGAGGAGGACGCUGUCUAAUAAGCAGCGGGGGUAUUAUACGCCUGAGGAUGUUGAGAAGGCGGAGGCAGAGGUGAGGAGGCUGUCCCUUACUGGGUCUGAUUUUGGGAGCAAGGAGGGUGGUAUUGUUGCAUGA